CUAAACAAUCAUUUGUUGGCCGCAGCUUGCACUGACCCUAACUCUGAGAAGUCAAACAAUUUCCUUGAAUCCCUAAAUUUGAGGAGCUUAACAAUUUAGGGGAAAUUCAAGGAUAGGUGAAGGCCUGGGACAGACGGCAGCAGACUGGAAUAUGCAAAGAGAAGAGUAGCCUAAGUGUCAAGUCUAGAUCGAAGAAAACCAGUAUCCCAAGAUCAUGGCGUAUUUCCCUUGAACUGAAAGAACGGAUCAGCGAGUCGGCUUUCCUUGUGUGAACUGGAGCGGGAAAACCUUGAGAACUUAUUCGUCGACCCAGACAUGGCGCAGGAGAAAAUGGAACUAAAUCUCGAAUCGCCGCCGACUUCCACCACCUCAGACAGCAACAUUCUGAGAGGAGGCAGCAGUGCCCCUUUGAUCAAUGGACUUGGUUUUAAUUCACAGGUGUUGCAAGCUGACACAUUAAGAGUUAGGACAAACAGAAAAACGUUUGGGAAUCAACAUUCUCUGGAAAUCACUCCACCCACUUCUGUUGAGCAGAAGCCUGAAGACCUCUUCUGACAUUGAGACUGCCUUCUCUCAAAUCACCCUUUUGCUUUAUCUCUUAACAACUCUGAAGUUGGCAUGUCUGUUUCUUUCUCUCCCACCAGGAAUUCUGGCACUUUUGCUCAAUCUGCGUGUCACUGCCUCACUUCUCCAUCCCCACCCCCUCCUCUUCCAAAGGAAGCAAGGGGAAUGUCUCAUCUGCCUAAGAAAAAAGGUUGUGCUUUUCUUGAGCAAUUCAUCUGUUCUAAUUUUAUGCCUACUGACAUCCAUCUCAUUAGAUUUUGCUUUUCACAUUGGCAACCACAAACCCCAAAUCUACUGUAUGGCCCACAAAGUCACGAGCAUGUAGUACAUUCCUGCCCUGCUUUGUGCCCUGUGCAUCCAGUCCAUGUUCAGUUGGUGUUAAGUAGCAUUAUAGGCCACCUUAAAUCAUUUCUGAAACUAGGCAGAGACAUAUAUGAACAUAGUGUACAACUCUUUGUUUAGGAUUUUCUGAGCAUUUUAUCUCUAGUUACUGUAGUUCAAGAUGGCUUAAAAACAGCAAACCUAGGAAACUGAAAAAUAAUUUUUAAAAAUCUUAAUUUCUUUGCAACAUUAGUUUAUGGUGAUCUCUCUUAAAUGGAACUAAGUUUGGUUUUUCCUCCAAUCUUAAUUCCUUCACUGGAGAUAACUGUUGGGAAUUAGCUUCACCCAGAACCCUCCCUAACCUUCACCUACUUCCACUCCCAGCCUGCUUCACACCAUGACAUUGUUCCUUGGUGCUGAUACUCUUAGUUCCUUCCAAGGACUUUUUACUCUCCUGGAGUGUGAGAGAAAGGCACAGUGGGAAAUUUACACAAAAGAUAUCAGUGAGGUUUAUUACAUCUGAGGAAACUCAUUAUUUCUAUUUUAAUAUUUUGUUUCCUGUUGGAAAAAAUAUCUAAGGUAAUUCCUUUGCAAACGCCACUUGUAGUACUUAAUUUGGGGACAAUUCUCUUCCAGAAAUCUUGUUUUCUACAAUUAGUUUCUCACAUUAUUACUAAAAGAAUCAGCCAAUACAAUGUUUGAUCCACAUUUUGUCCAAUUAAAAGGCCUUCUUGUGGCUUAGGAUUCUGUAGCUCAAGUUCAAAUCCUACCUACCUCAGACAUUUCACACUGUCUCCCUGCUGGUAUCAUCAAUUUCAGUCAGUCUUCUCACGAUUUCCUGGAUAAAGUUUUUCAGUUGGAAAUCCUAAACCUUUGCCUGAAUCUAAACUGGUUCCUUCCCAUCCCUUAGGUAGCCAUUAAAAAUAAUCUCUUCUAGGAAAUCUUUCAUUAUUUUAUGAAACAAAUUUGCCAUACCAUGUUGUUCUCACUUAUAAGUGGGAGCUAAAUGAUGAGAGCUUAUGAACGCAGGGAAACAACAGACACUGGGGUCUACUUGAGUGGGGAGGGUGUGAGGAGGGAAGCAGAAAAGAUAACUAUUAGCUGGGCGUGGUGGCUCAUGCCUGUAAUCUCUGCACUGUGGGAGGCUGAGGCGGGCUGAUCCUGAGGUCAGGAGUUCGAGACCAGGUCAGGAGAUCGAGACCAGCCUGGCUAACACAGUGAAAACCUGUCUCUACUAAAAAUACAAAGAAAAAAAAAAAUUAGCUGGGCAUGGUGGCAUGUGCCUGUAGUCCCAGCUACUCAGAAGGAUGAGGCAGGAGAAUCGCUUGAACCCGGGAAGCAGAGGUUGCAGUGAGCCGAGAUCAUGCCACUGCACUCCAGCCUGAGUGACAGCGAGAAUCCGUCUCAAAACAAAAACAAAAACAAAAACUAUUAGGUACUGGGCUUAAUACCUGGGUGAUGAAAUAGUAUGUACAACAGGCCACGUGCGGUGGCUUACACCUGUAAUCCCAGCAUUUUGGGAGGCCAAGGCAGGCAGACCACCUGAGGUCAGGAGUUUGAGACCAGCCUGGUCAACAUGGUGAAACCACGUUUCUACUAAAAAUACAAAAAAAAAUUAGCCAGGCAUGAUGGUACAUGCCUGUAGCCUCAACUACCUAAGAGGCUGAGACAGGAGAAUCGCUUGAACCUGGGAGGUGGAGGUUGCAGUGAGCCAAGAUUACGACACUGCACUCCAGCCUGGGUGACAGAGCAAGACUCCAUCUCAAAAAACAAAACAAAACAAAAACAAAAAGUAAAAUAAUAUGUACAACAAACUCUGGUGACACGUGUUUAUCCAUGUAACAAACCUUCACAUGUACUUCCAAACCUAAAAUAAAAGUUAAAUAAAAAAUAAAA